AUGUAUAAAGUCGAUAAUUUUCAUACAUAUGGACUCACACCGCUUGAUCUUGUCUUACCCAUUUCUUCUUACAAUACCGACAAACGUAUUUUUUCUGAUAUUAAAUCAGAAAUUAUAGACAAUGUAGAUAAUGAAAACUCGCCACAAGCACGUACAAAAACUUUUUUAAAAACUGCCAGACAAUUGGUAGAUGAAAAUAAAUUUAACACAAGUUUAGCAUUUACAAAUAAUUUAUUAAAUUCACAUCGUUCUAAAGUCGAAAUAUUACGUUCAAAUUCUCCAACAUUGAAACGUCUAAUAGCUGUUCGAACAAAAUUAGAAAAAUAUCUUGGUUCAUCGGUAAUAAGAACUGUCUCGGCCACAAAACGAGAAAAAUCAAUUGAUACACCAGUUAUCAAUACACAUAUGACCACUGCAACAUUAAUUCAACCUAAAAGUUCAAACAUUAUUUCUCAACCGAAACAAUCACAAUCACAAUCACAAUCACAAACAACUUCAUCGAAAACACCAUUGGAUAAGAUAACAUACGAAAAUAUAUCCUACGGUGGAAAUGAUGUAAUGAAAAAAUGUUCAUUAGAAAUUUGGUUGCCAAAAGCAGAAUAUUCACCAGAUUGUCAAUCAAGUAGAGCAUCAACGGCCAAAGAAAGUCAUAGUUCAUCGUUGAUGAAAAAAUCAAAAAUACCAUCAAUUACUACUAUUAAAAGUCGUCGACAAAGUAUUGGAACAAUAGCAAUUGAUGAUGAUAAAAGAGAAAAUCAAAGUGAACUAUCAUCAAAAAGUCAUAAACAUAUCAAAUUUAUUCGAUCGAAUAAUGAUGGUGAAAAUAAAAGCAAUAAUGAAAUAUCAGAUAAAAAUACAAAUGAUAAUAAUGAACCAUUUAUUCCUACACAAUCAAAAAAUGAACCGCCAAAAAUACUGCGAACAUCUUAUUAUGAUAAACUUGAAUCAAAUGAUGUUGAAGAUGAGACUGAUAUAAAUAAAUUGGGAAAAACUGUAAGUCAUUUUGCUCGAAAACGUACAUCAUUUCAGCCGAUAUUAAGUACAAAUACAUCUGUUGUCAACAGCACUGUCAGUGAUAAUCAACAUGAAAAUGUGGCACAAUCAAACGUUAAAAAUACAUUAAAACAACAACAACAGACAGUUCCAACGCCAAACAACGCGUUUAUCCUAAAUGAAUUAAUGAGGAAAUAUACAUUGAUCAAAAAAGCUCAGUAUGAAACGGAUCAACUGCACUCUGAUUCAAAGGAUUUAAGCAGCGAAAAUAUACAUAAUUCUGAUAUGAAGACAAAUACUUCAUGUGAACAAACGACGAAAGUUUCCGUUAAACGUCUAGUAGUUGAUUUACCGAUAACGUCAACAAAAACUGUAGAUAAGCGAAAACUUCUUGAAAGACGUCCAUCCAGACAAACUUUAAAUGUCGAAAGCAGCAUGGAUACCAGUUAUGAGUAUCAAAUAAAAAAUAUAACACAUCGUGCCGUCAGUAAUCCACGAUCGGUAUCUGCUUCAGGUAGCGAUUUAAACAUGUUAACUGGAAAACCUAUUGUUUCACAGCGAAAUAAAGCAUUAGACAUUGUCAAAUCAUCCAAGAUAAAAAAUGAAAUUCAAAAGACCAAUUUACCAAUAGUAACAGAUGAUGUUUCAAAAACCGUGAGUCGGACACCGGGGAUUGUUUCUGUUCCACAGAUACUUAUGACAAAACCAAUGGUUCCCGCUGUAUAUCAGAGAAGUAAAACACUUGACAUAACUAAAACAUCGAAAUUGAUGAAAAAUAUUGCUAUGUAUGAACUUGAUGAAGAUGAGGAUACACUGAAUGAUACAAGAGAUACGAAUGAAAAUACUAACGCUGACAGUAGACAUGAUAUGACAAUUAACGCAAAUAGUGAACUCAAUGAGACGAUGAGUCAGAAAAAUCUUCCCACUGAAACACAAACUCAAUUAGCUACAUCGGCAAAAGCAACGAGACCGGAAAGUUCAACGAACACGUACAGUCAAAGUCCAAAUUUAUAUGGACCAAUUAUUCCAAAUAUGUUUCAAAGAGCUACUCCUAAUAGUAUAAAUAACAGUAGAACUGAUACUGUUAUAAAUAAAAUAACUGUUGAAGAGCCAAGAAUAUAUUCCGAUAACAAACGUCCGCUCAUCGCUCUUCGUCCAGACAUUUCAGAUAAAAUGCCAUCGAAAUCCUCAUCACCAACUGUUCAACUUGUACAGUAUCAUAAUCCGGUUACAAAUUAUCAUUCUGGACAAUUGACAAAUUCAGAAAAAGUAGUUGUACAUUUAAAGUAUAGCACAGGAAAAACAUGGUCAAAACAGGGUUUUGUGCCAUCUCCAUCUCCGUAA